CGGGCUGAGGGGGGCGGAGGGACGGAGGGAAGAUGGCGGUCGAGGCCGGAUAUUGGCACCGCCUCCCCCAAUCCUGGAGCCGGCGCAGAUGAGGCGGCUCGGCUGGGGCCAGCGGCGCUUCGGAACCGGAGCAGGUGGGACCCUGGCGGUGGGGCUUGGCCCUGCUGUAUGCCGGCGCCUCGGCUAGAGUGAGCGGCGGCGGCGCCCUUCCUCCGGCUCUUUCCCUGUGGCCGUGAGUUCGAGCGGGUGGCAGGCGGCAGAGGCGGCGGGGCCGGGAUGGAGGACGUAAACUCCAAUGUGAACGCGGACCAGGAGGUACGGAAGCUGCAGGAGCUGGUGAAGAAGCUGGAGAAGCAGAACGAACAGCUGAGGAGCCGCUCCGGGGCCGUGCAGAGCGCCGGCUCCCUGGGGCCUGGCAGCCCUGUUCGGGUCGGCGGGUCCACUCCCUCCUCUGGCGCGGCGUCCCCUCGGGGCUUCCCCUUGGGCCUCAACGUCAAGUCGGGCAGCGGGGCCGGGUCGGGCCCAAGGCGGACGAGUAGCGAGGAGCUGCGGGACGCCACCUCUUUGCUGGCAGCGGGCGAGGGCGGCUUGCUGGACGAGGUGGAGCCGCUGCGGCCCGAGGAGCUGGAGCGCCUGUCAGGCUGGGAGGAGGAGGAGGAGAGCUGGCUGUAUUCAUCACCAAAGAAAAAACUUACACCAAUGCAGAAAUCAGUUAGUCCAUUAGUUUGGUGCAGGCAAGUUUUGGAUUACCCAAGUCCUGAUGUUGAAUGUGCUAAAAAGUCUCUUAUCCACAAACUUGAUCAAACUAUGUCAGCUCUCAAGAGGCAGAAUUUAUAUAAUAAUCCUUUCAACUCCGUGAGUUACACAAGUCCUUACAGUCCAAAUGCCAGUAGCCCAUACAGCAGUGGUUUUAAUUCUCCAUCCUCAACCCCAGUGCGACCUCCUAUAGUCAAACAGCUAAUACUUCCUGGAAAUUCAGGUAAUUUGAAAAGUUCAUCAGACAGAAAUCCUCCACUCAGUCCUCAAUCCUCUAUAGACAGUGAGUUAAGUGCUUCAGAAUUAGAUGAAGAUUCAAUUGGAUCCAAUUAUAAGCUAAAUGAUGUAACUGAUGUGCAGAUUCUAGCUCGGAUGCAGGAAGAAAGUCUCCGGCAAGAAUAUGCAGCCACCACAUCUCGUCGCAGUUCUGGUUCAUCUUGCAAUUCUACAAGACGGGGUACUUUUAGUGAUCAGGAACUUGAUGCACAAAGUUUAGAUGAUGAAGAUGACAAUAUGCAUCAUGCAGUAUACCCUGCUGUUAACAGGUUUUCACCAUCACCACGCAAUUCUCCUCGACCAUCACCUAAGCAGUCACCCCGAAAUUCACCUCGUUCUCGAUCUCCUGCUCGGGGAAUAGAAUAUAGUAGAGUGUCCCCACAGCCUAUGAUUAGCCGCUUACAGCAACCUCGCCUUUCACUUCAAGGCCAUCCCACAGAUUUACAGACAACCAAUGUUAAAAAUGAAGAAAAACUAAGACGCAGUCUUCCAAACCUGUCCCGGACAUCUAAUACACAAGUUGACUCAGUGAAAAGCAGCAGAAGUGACUCAAAUUUUCAAGUGCCAAAUGGAGGAAUACCUCGCAUGCAACCUCAGGCUUCAGCCACUUCGCAAAGGCUGAAAAAUUUGCCUCGUACUUCUCUCAAAGCCAAACAGUUGCUUCAAACUUCAUCUACAAAAAGAGUACCUUCUCCAGGCAAAUUCCGCUCCCCUGCAGCACCAUCUCCUUUGGCUCUCCGGCAACCAGUAAAAGCAUUUAGUAACCAUGGCUCUGGUUCUCCUGGUAGCCAAGAAACAACACAACUUAUGCAAACCACCUCCUCACCUGGGCCUCCCAUGGUUCAGAACACAGUCCCAGCAAAUCCUCCCAGCAAUAUCAACAGCACUACUUUAACCAGACCUGCAGGGACAACCAUGAUGAGAAGUGGCUUGCCCAGACCUAGUGCCCCUUCUGCGGGGGGUAUACCAGUGCCUCGCAGCAAACUUGCACAGCCUGUUCGCAGAUCCUUGCCAGCUCCUAAAACCUAUGGUAGCAUGAAAGAUGACAGUUGGAAAGAUGGCUGUUAUUGACCAGCAAAGACAAGAAUGCAGAGGUCCACAGCUUCAUGGAUACCCCUUCACCAGGCUAAAAGACAACUUUUAUAUGCAAACUGUUCAGCUAAGACUCUCGGGAUUUAUAAAAUCCCAGCUCUCUCUGUCUUAAUUAGCACAAACUGACAGAGAUGAUCAAGCAGCACUUUAAUGACAUUUAACAUCAGAUGUGUUUGGUAAUCAUACAAUCACUCCAUGGAAUCACUUUUAGUUUUGCUUAAUAGAAACUAAGUUGAUUUUUAAAUAUUUGACAGAGGCCAAUAUCUGGGCAAAAAACUAAUGGAUGCCAAAGAGAAAUGCCCAUUUGUAAAUGAGAGAGUACCUUUGUGCACAAGAAAAUGGUGAAUUCAGGCUAUCCAAAACUUCACAUCCAACCUAAUUUACUGUAUAAAUAGUAUCAAUAAAUAUUUGUGUUAAUGAGAACUAA